GAGGAGUGAAAUAACACAUUUCUUUAGAUGAAGUUAAAUUUCAAGUUUUUCGUUAGGAUAGGAUACGUUUGAACGCCUUUGAUGCUCAAUCGAACUUCAUUUUCAGACCACAGGAAGUCCAAACUUUCGUUACGGUCUGGGGAACCCCUGUUUCGUGAAAUAGGACAAACAAAACAGAACAAGCAUGUCUACAGAGCCGGUAUGCGUUCAAGACAUCGAGAUUCUAGCCAAAAACAAACUGGAGAAAAGCUAUAUUAUCUACUUUGAAAGUGGAGCAGACGAGGAAGACACCUUCAGGGAGAAUCGUAGAGCCUUCCAAAGAAAUGUAUCAUUAAAAAUAGGCCGGAUUAACAGUACACAGCUAGUGAGAUUCGAUAUCCUGUCCAUGAAGUUUGGUCAGCCAAUCAGCAUGCCAAUAUGUAUUGCUCCAACAGGUAAUCAAAAAAUGGCUCAUCCUGAUGGUGAUUUAGCUACAGUCAGAGGUAAAGGAAUCUGUUAUCUAAGGGCAUUCCUACCCAGAGGGGUCGUUCAUGCACUUGGAAAAAAGUUGUCCCUGGCAUUGCCUGGUUCAAACGAUACACUGCCUUGGCCUAAAUCUUGGCCACCGGCUGAAGCGCACCACACCUGCAUGGUGUUAUCUUACUGGGCAAACACCUCUAUCAAAGAAGUUGCUGACGCUGCGCCGUCUUGUUUAAAAUGGUGUGCAGUUAAAUUCACCGAGAAUAAAGACUUCGUUAAAGACCUAGUACGUCGAGCAGAAAAUGCCGGCUACUCAGCAAUCGUGGUAACCUGUGACUCCCAAGUAUCUUCUAAGAGAUAUGAACUCCAACAAAUUGCUGUUGGUGCAUGGGAUGAUGUGAAGUGGUUGAAAUCUUAUACCAAGUUGCCAGUUGUACUGAAAGGUAUUUUAACGGCUGAGGAUGCAAAGAUGGCUGUGGAACAUGGAGCUGAUGCUAUUUUGGUCUCGAAUCAUGGAGAAAGAUUCCUGGAUGGUGUACCUGCUACUAUUGAAGCUUUACCUGAGAUUGUAGAUGCCGUGGAAGGGAAACUAGAAGUUUACCUAGAUGGUGGAGUGAGACUGGGAACAGAUGUUUUCAAAGCCUUGGCUCUCGGGGCCCGCGCUGUUUUUCUUGGACGAGCAGUGAUCUGGGGCCUAGCUUACCAGGGGGAAGAUGGAGUGAAGAAAGUGCUCGAGUUUCUUCGAGAAGAAAUGAGAACAACAAUGAUAUUAUCCGGAUGUGCAACAAUGAAAGACAUUACAAGACAACACGUGAAUAGCUCUGCUUCAUACUCAUUGUAGAGACUAAAAAAUAAAUAAAACUCAUUUAAAUAGAUAAUUU